GCAGCGCCAACGAAAGAGAUCGACGAUUUAAGUCGUCCUUCGAUUCCGACAGCCUUAAGGCGAUCGCGCUCCUCCGUUCUUGUUCUCGUGUGAUGAUUCGGCUCUCUUUCACGACCUCAGAUCUCGGUUAUCGCUGCUGGGUUCGAAGGUUUCGGAGAGGGCCCGGGAACCUUGUUUUGGUGGCAACUUCGGUUUCAUUGGUGCUGGAUCUUGCAAUGUUGGAGCUGUCGCCGAGUUUGUUCUGAGGCUUGCGACACUACGUGGACUUCUGAUUCUCUUUGACCGUAUCAAUUGCAGUUGUUUGCCUUUGAAGCCGGAGGUCUGAGAUACGAGGAUUUCUUUCAUAAAUUGUGAGAAAAUGGCUGAAUGUUGUGAGGGGUCUUUUAGAUAUGAUGAGAGGAAAGAAAGGAGAUCUGAUGUAGAGAAUUCUGAAGACGAGAGGAGGAGAACGAAAAUUGGAUCUCUUAGGAAAAAAGCGUUGCAUGCCUCCACUAAAUUCACUCAUUCUCUAAAGAAACGAGGCAAGAGGAAAGUUGAUUACAGGGGUGCUUCAUUUUCAAUUGAGGAUGUCAGAGAUGCUGAAGAGGAGCGAGCAGUCCAUUCGUUUCGCCAAGAACUCAUUGCCAACGCUAUAUUGCCUAAAAAACAUGAUGAUUAUCAUACGUUGCUCAGAUUCCUCAAAGCUAGGAAAUUUGACUUUGAGAAAGCAAUGCAGAUGUGGGCUGAGAUGCUUCAAUGGAGAGAGGAAUUUGGAACAGACUCAAUUCUGGAGGACUUUAUAUUCGAAGAGUUGGAGGAGGUUUUGCACUAUUAUCCUCAGGGUUACCAUGGAGUUGACAAGGAGGGAAGGCCUGUCUAUAUUGAGAGGCUUGGGAAAGUUGAGCCCAAUAAGCUUAUGCAAAUAACUACAAUAGAUCGCUACUUAAGAUAUCAUGUGCAAGAGUUUGAGAGAGCCCUGCAUGAGAAAUUUCCUGCAUGCUCUAUUGCUGCCAAACGGCAUAUUGGUUCAUCGACGACAAUAUUAGAUGUACAUGGUGUGGGCUUGAAGAAUUUCAGCAAGACAGCAAGGGAUCUCUUGCUCCACAUGCAUAAGAUAGAUGGUGAUUACUAUCCUGAGACACUACACCAAAUGUUCAUAGUUAAUGCUGGCCAUGGUUUUAAGCUUCUCUGGAACACUGUAAAAGGAUUCCUUGAUCCCAAAACAACUUCAAAGAUGCAUGUACUAGGCACAAGAUAUCAGAGUAAACUUCUUGAAGCAAUUGACUCAAGCCAAUUGCCAGAAUUCCUAGGUGGUUCAUGUACUUGCUACAAUGAGGGAGGAUGUCUCAGGUCUAAUAAAGGACCAUGGAAUGACCCAGUUAUCAUGAAGAUUGUAAAUAGUGUUGGAGCAGCAUUUACUUGGGAAAUUGGGCAGGUACCCGAUGGAGAACAGACCAAUGCCUCUUAUCCCAGGCGACAUCCAUUAAAGAGAAGAAAUAGUGAUACAUCAACAGCUGAUUCUGGAUCUGACGCUGAUGAUCUUGGUUCUCCAGUCAUUUCUAGAACUUCUGAAUAUACACAUUUAGCUCCGGUUCAUGAAGAAGUCAGAGCAGCAGAUUCCACCGCUUACUACAAUUGCAAUGACCAUUUUGUGUCAGUUCCUACACCUGUGGAAUCUGGUGGAGAAGGAGAAAGAUAUGCUGCGAUGUCAUCCAAUGAAGUAAAAGAUCAUUGUUGUGCUUUUGCUACCAUAAAAUUACAUUCACCAGGAAAAUUCUCCACUGAUGGGCACAAUGCUGUCAAAGAUGCUUUAGAAGAAGGAAAAUUGCAAUAUUUUGCUAGGGCAGUAAUUGCAUUUUUGAUAAAAGUUCUAUCCUUCUUUCACAUCUUCCGAUCUAGACCAGACAGGAGAUUGGAAAAUGUUCAUCCAUCAGAUGCAUUGAGCUUGAUUCCUGAUAACAAUUCGACCACGGAAGCUGCCAAGGAAGAUAAAGUCACUCCUUUGAUUGAACGUCUUGAGAAGCUCGAGUCCAUGUUGAAUGAACUCAGUAGAAAACCUGCAGAGAUUCCACAGGAGAAAGAGCAUGCAAUUCGGGAAUCAAUGAACAGGAUUAAAAGUGUUGAGUUUGAUCUUCACAAGACAAAUAAGGUCCUGCAGGCAACUCUGAUGAAGCAAUUGGAGAUUGAGGCAACUUUAGAAACUUUAAACGGCAAAAGUAUUGGGAGAAGGAAAUUUUGUUGAUACUUAAAGUAUCUUUAUCCAAUCAGAUGUCUAGAAGAGAUACUUCGAAAUUGGGGUUGGAAUCAAAAUGAUAUACUUCCUGUGGUAUAUCUUUAUAUAUAUAUAUAUAUAUAUAUAUAUAUAUAUAUAGUUUUCUUCUUAGGAGGAGAAAAGACAAUAAAACAGAGGGAUGGAGGGGGAUGAUGAUGAAAAUGCACAAAAGCUGUAAUGAGCUGAUUGUUCGGCACAUCAAACCAAAGGCAAUAUCCUUGCAUUGAAGUAAAGGGGGAGAAACACUAACAGUAAAUAGAGAGCAAGUACCAAAGAUAACACACACAUCAUCUUUUUUUUUUUGGUUUUUCAUCGUUUCUAAUUUACUUUGAGCUUGUCUAUUUGUUCUUUUGGUAUAUCUAGGACAAAAUAGAGGAAUUCUUAUGUGAUGCUGCAGUUUGAUACUUGAAGCUGGGUCAUCUAUUUCCCUACCAGGGAAAGUCCUAGUCUUCUAAUCCUCAACCAAUGUGAUGACUCUUGAGAGCUGACCCAUAGCUUGAAGCAAGCAUGACACUUUGGAUUGUGGUACAUUGAACAAGGAUAUGAAGCUCAAGGUUUUAUUUAACCAUCUUUGAUCAGAACUAUAUGUACUCGUUUUUUUUUUUUUUUGUUGACUUGUGGCUAUUUAAGCUUAAGAACAUUGCAAACUAUGUCAAAGUACUGUUCUGUUUCUGGCAUGCAACAUGGCCAUGUCUGACCAAUGUUUGACCACUGGAUUAGUGUCUUUUAGUGGAAAUUUUUCUCAAAGAUUUCUUAGUAUGCUUUGCUUCAAGUUUA